AUGACCAACUCAGACAUUAGUGACACGUCCGAAAUCAUGUCGGAUACGAAAAUGGAAAUCACCACAAAUCCAGAGGAUCAGUCUAAACCCAAACGAAUAUACAAAAAACGUCUGGUCGAUGAGUCGGAGAGGAAAAGAGCUCGGCCAGUCAAGAAGGAAAACAAACAUUUGUUCGAGGAAUGGCUACUGGAACACUGUAACAAUUUGUAUCCAAGCAGAGAGGAGAAAGAGGGACUGGCAGCCAAGAUGAACGUUAAUUUUAUGCAGGUCAGUAGUUUAUUAGUUGAUUUUUUCUGAUUGCCAAGUUUUUUUGCAAGUUAGCAAAAAUGAUGACAAGUGUAAUAUAACAAUAUAAUGUCAUUAUUUUUGCUAACUUUUAGGGCGUAAAUUAAUUUCUGAAAGUUUUAACUUGUGCUUUAAAAAUUGCAUCUAAAAAUUGCGUCAGAACCCCCAUAGAUUUCAACCAAAAAUUGAUUUUGAUGGCUCUGAUAAGAACUUUGCAAGUUCCUUUUCAGGUAUCCCGGCUCUUCUCGAACUACCGUCGCCGAAUCAAUCAGCAAAUUCAAGAGAAACGGCGAUCCAUUGACGGUCAAAUCAACGGCCCAAAAACUGAAAAUCCACCGAGAAUUAAAGACGACGGCGUCAUCAGCAAGAUAGUUGAUGAGAUUGUGAAUGAUGUCUCGAGAAAUGGAUAUGUCAGAAAGAAGAAUUAUGCCAAGAAGAGAGCUCAAGUGCUGCAUGAGAAUAAAGGAAAGGCAGAACAAGAAACGAAGGUCAAUGAUGAAAUUCGAAAUUCCGAAAACGUAAAGGUUGAGAUAUACAAUGCAAACCUUCUCAAAUGCGAUGAAAUUAUUGAGAAUUCAGAUAAUGAGGAGGAGACAGAGAAAGGUGAGACAAGUUUUGGUAGAAUUUUUUCAUAAACUUGUCAUUUCAAACACUUUUCUAUCAAAAAUCCAACUUUAUUGUAUUGCCAGACGUUGCCCAAUUUUUCGAAACGUCUGAGACUUCUUGAUAGCUCGAAUCCUCUCCGCUACGAUCCCCUUUCCCAAGAUGAUCCAUCUCUCGGGAUAUUUAGAACCCAGCCAAACCUGUAAUUAUCCCACCUGGUUUCCUUCGGCACUUCUAUAUAAAUAACAGAGUCCUUUGCAUUUAUAAUCGGGUAUGAGAUCCACCAAUUCUGUUUAUUUUUACGACGUUUGUCCAGGUUUUAUUACAAAAGAGAAAUGGCCAAAUUUUGAAUUUUGUUCGUCUUAUGAUUUGUCUUGAAUGAAAAUGGGGAUCUUUUGAGUUUUGAGAGUUGCGAGAAAGUCUUGAGUAAUUAGCGGCUUAAACUUGAAGCUCCUUUUGAGGAUGGGACUCGGAUUUUGAAUAAUCCAAUUUGGCUCUCUUCUCGGAAGACGGGUGAGAACUUAAAAGGCGAUUCUUGAGGGGAAGAAGUAAAGACGGGGAAAUUUGUAAAAUGACCAGUGCUUUGGAGGGGCGUCUUCUUCUUGUUGGAUUCAAAAGUUCUCUCAAAGAAUCAAGCCUCUGUACAACGCAAGGACUUUAACUUAGGUAGUUAAAGAUGUGGUUAUAUAGGUUAUUUGUGGUCUAAAAUAUAGUCCGGGAACACAGGAGCCGGUUGUUAUAGAGAGGCUUUCUUGUGCUUGAAUUCCGCCAAGUUAUUGGAUGCAACACACCAAAUAUGGAUGUACCAAUUACUAUGGCUAUUUUAAACUCAGCUCUUGUUGAUUUGUGAAGUUUUGGCUUCUUGUGGGAUUUCCAGACGCGUUUUCAAGUCGUACAAAUUUCAAUAGCAAAUUAAUUUUAUCUUCCAAUUUGUUGCGUAUACAUUAUAAUCUUGUAAAUAUUAUCAUUACGGAUAAAAACGUCUUUUGUCAUGGUUUUGCAACGCAAAUACGAUACAUUUACAGACUAUUCGAACAUUCACACUCAAAUGGUCAUGGAGUACCCAGAGCAACUCAAGGUCGACACUAGCCAUCCUUCCUCGUCGCAAGACUUCCCAAAUGAUCCAGAGAGCAGCACGGUGGAUCCAGUAACUUCGUCUGAGGUAUGGUUUACACUUUUUUUGUUAUCAAACGUUUGAGUUUUACUUCCAAUUUUGAGACUUUUCUUGGUCGAUGAUGUUUCAAAUUUACUUCUGUUUUCCUGCAAACCGAUUUGGUCUCUAAUUCCCUCCGAACAUUCUGGCGGUUAUUUUAGUCUGCUCGAUAUGUCUUCUACUCUUUUUUAGAGUGCAUUAUCAUCCAUGUGAUUCGAGUUUUUUUUUUUUUUGUAAAAACGAUAAAAGGUGGAAUGAUUGCUAUCAGACGGCUGGGGAGUGAAACAAAAAGCAUGAUCGACAUUGUAAAGCAAGUUGCGAUAUGAAAAUUAAAAGUGCAUUAGGAGGGUAAAAUACGAGCAUGUAACCUUGCGUUGUAAAAAAAUUGACUUACGUGAUAUCAUGAUAAUAACUAAAAAGUAUAUAUUUUUACAGUACUCCUCGUCUGAAAGAUUAUCAAAUUUAAGUAGAUCGGUAAUGGCGAUUUUUUUGAAUUUUAGGCCUAAAAAUGCAUUUUAAAAAAAUGUCGUAAAUCUAAGAGAAAAUUUUCUUCAAAUUUCAUUAAACUUUCCUUGUAAAAUCUCAAGGACUUUCUCUCCAAGAACCCCUAGACUUCUUUGCACUUUCCCCAUUCUUCCAGCCAACUUCCCUCUUCCUUUUUCUCAGUACAUCUACCCUAAUUCUGUCCGAGCACUCCUUGCUCAAACAAAAGCCAAUUGAUUUCCACGGUCUUUUUGUUUGAUCAUCAGAUCAAUUGUGUACUUUUAUAAAAAGAAGGUCUGUCUGGAGUUUCGAAAUGAACGAGGGUCGUUCCGAGGUUUUUUUGUGAAUGGAAUUCAAGGUUAGGGAAGGAAAAAGUGCAAUUUCUUAACAAAGGGUGCAAAAAUGGAGGGAGAGAUAGAAAUUUUUAGGUCGUGAAGGUCGAGUCAGCGGCCAGAUAAUUCUUUGAAAUUUUUGGAAAGUAUGACUUUUGCGUAUUUUACAUGUUUUGCUGUUUGAACCUUUCUCUUUACCCUUUCAAAUCCCCGAAUUAUUGCCUCGGGCCAAACCGUAUAAACAUGUUUUUCCUCAUUUUUUUCAUCCAUCGACAUCCGUGACAAGCCCCGUAAAAACUCAUUUUGCAAUACGUUAAAAGCAGGGGUGCAGCCGACGGGACCCAUUAAAACCCUGGGUGUUCCACAUAAAGCCCCGAUCCCCUAAAAAAAUCACGCAUUUUCGGGGCUUUUCAUCAACGUAUACCAUAAAAACCGUCGUGGGUCGCGGGACAUAAAAAACGAACAUUAGACUUUUUUUUUGAGUUUUUUCGAAUUGUCAGAUGACUUUUGAGAUUUGUUGAAGUUUGACCCCGAGGGUUGAGGAAGCAAAGAACAGGAAAAAAUAGAAUGGGAAUUUCUAAAUGUUCAGGUCAUAUUGCCUCAAGCGAUGUGAUAAUUUGUUUUUUGAUUUUUGAGAGAUAUUUGAAGAUCUUUGGAGAAAAGAGACCACGGAAAAUGAGCAAUAGGUUUUUGACCAUAUCUUUGUGAAUUUCUAUCAAAAACAGCUUAUUCUUGGUAUAGAUAUUGUCAUCUUAUGCUAAAGUAACAACUACUGAAAAUUGAAGAUUAUAAACCUCUAAAGGUGACGAUUUUUUAGCCGACCAAAAAACUCAACGCCUUCGACAAAGCGCAUUAAAAAAUCGCUCGUUUUCAUUAGGAAAUUCUGGUCGUAACUUAACGUAAAUGUCAUCAAAAUCUAGGCUUCGAACUUUGAGCCACUCCCUUGUGUCCAAAAAUUAAAUUUACAAAAGUUGGCCCUCUUGACCGCAGAAUCCAUUUUCCAAGCCUAUUAUUUUUUGCUUUUAUCUUCUUGCUCUCUCUACUGUAUCCCCCUUACUUUUGCCCUUUUUCAUUUCGUUUUACUGCUUUCCCGUUUCCAUUACGAUUAUUUCGGGUUCUCGGAACGCGCCCUCAGGCCAAAAGCACUCUCUUGAGAAUCUCAUUAAAAUUAUUUUCCCGCAAAAAUGCCUCCGGCUCUCAAACGUCUUUUCCAGACAUUCUGAAGGGGCGGUGUUCCGUCGAGUGUUGGACAUGUUUCCGAAGCACAUGUCUGCCCGGAAAUUCGAUAUUUUUAGGCGUUCCGCCGAUAUUCUGUUUGGGGCCUGACCUUUGAUCCGGAAACCGGGGUUUUUGCGUUUCAAAACGUGAUAUUCGAAGACAUUUUGAUGUCAUAUGGAAGGAAUAAAGGCUUGAGAUAAAUUUAGAGACUUUUUUAUUUGGGUUACUGUAAUUUGAUGAAUUUGACUUGGUUUUUAAUUUUUUUGCUUUUUCUGAGGCUUGAAGGGAUAAAUAAAUUUCCGGUUUACUCUAAAACUUGGUCGUAUUUUAUAUCCUACAUCUCUAAAAAUGCAAUAUCAUCAUUUCCCCAUUUUCUGCCUUUUCAUGUAAUCCUGAAGGAAAUUGAACCUUCUAACUCUCUCAAAAAGCUACUUCCUCCUCAUCUUCAACAUUCAUUUUAAUCCCUCUUCCUUUAGUUUCUACGCACAUUAACAAAGUCGUGUAAAUCCCGACUCUUUCCCCACUCAGAAUAACAUUUCCGGCUUAAAACGUCCCUAAACCUCCAAUAAUUAUUUUGGGUCGUAAAGUAAUUGUCUUCUCAAAUUCCGUAAUACGUUUCUGAGUCCUUUCAAUUGCGAAAGAAUAAUUUAUUUUUACGUUACUGAAUGUUUUGAAUAAAUUUUUUAUACAGUCCGUAUUUUUAGAAACCCUUGAUUCGCGGCAUUACUUUUUGGCCGACUAAUCGUAAAGUUGUUUAUGUCCCGAAAAAGUUGUAUAGCCCGCGGGGAACGUGACGGAUUCGCGGCUAUAAUUGAGAAUAUUUGGAGAUUUUUGAGAGGCCUGUAAUUUGCGACCGUAAAAUGUAUUUUUAACCCCGAGAUUACCACUAAUUUGGAUGACAUUUGAGAUCGAAAUUUGUAAAAGUUAUUCCUCGGCCCUUUGUGACCUUCAAAUCUUCUUCGUUUCCCUUUUAUCUCCACUUUUAUUGUUUCGAUUUUUUGUAUUUUAUUUUAUCUCUCCCCUCCGCCUUUCAUUUCGCGGGCUCAGUAUAACAGAAAGACCAAACAAUCGUUACAAAAAACGUUGUUUUGGCGCCGUUCCUGGCACGGCGGCCAGCACGCUCGUUCCGAGGUCGAGAGCGGAGAAAGAGAAAGUGAAAUUGAUGGGUUACAGCUGGGAAUUCCUCGUUCGUUGCGAGGAGUUGAGGCUCAGGGUCGAACCGACCGAUCUUUUACUUUUCUUUUGUGGUUGGAGUUUUUGGACUGGUCAAAAUAUGAAAUUUUUAUAAAUAGCACUCCAUGCUGUCAUCUCCACGUUUUAAGCGGGCAUUCACAAUAUAUCGGAACUAAAUUCUCCACAAAAACAUGCCAUUAGCAGUGUUUUGUGGUGUCUUCUUGGAAACAGAACAUUUGCGCUCUCAAAGCGGCUUUAUUUUCGGUAUAAAUAGAUUACAAUUAAUUUAAAAGGGCAGCAAGUGAGGUUAUUUGGCAAUCGAACUGACAAAAUAGGAAAGAAAAGAGAGAAAAUAGGAUUUGAAAGGGUUUACAUUGCCUUAUGUCAUCGGACAAGAUGCUUUAUUUUUUGGAGUUCUUCUGGAUCGGAAUUUGGGCUAUGAAAACUGAGUUUUAGCGGCGGAUACUAGUUAGCAUAAACUUUAUCACAGUCAGUUUUUAAGGGGCUAGUCCCAUUAUAACACUUGCAAUGACCUGAUUUAUGAACUAUGUCAUUAUAUAGACUCCCAAGUGGUCCCAAACGUCUCAAUCGCUGAUCUCUGCUCACGCGAACGUCUGAGGCAGGCGGCCGGAAUGAUUGACUUAAACUCUAUGUAAACCGAGUUCGUACCAGCCGCCGGUUCACAACAACAGGCCCUUCCACGCGGCUGCUGCGGAUCGCCGGGGGUUCACGUUUUCCCCGAUUUUUCGGUUAUUCUUUGUCCGUGGGAAAGGUCAAAGGGCCUUACUGUACGAUCCUUUGUGGGGGUGCUCGGGGGAUACUGUGUGAUUUUGGGAAUGUGGUUAGUCAAACAAAAAAUUGUUGCAUUUGGAAGGGAUUUGAGAGCAAUCUUUUGAAAGUUAUGAUGAUUUUUACUAUAAACACAGGCUUAUUUAGCCCCGCUAUAUUUCCCCUGUCGCAUUUGAAACUGUUUUUUACUCUCUAAUUCUAUGAACGUUUUUGUUACUUUACGCAAGAUAAUGUUAUCAUUUGCAAGUUGACCGGACAUUUUGUGUAUUGAGAGCUCAAAACGUACUGUAGUUCACGUUUUCAUCACGCAAACAAGGAACUCUGUUGUUGCUCAUUGUCCAUUCCGCUCUAAGACAUUCAAAAUUCCUCAAAUUCUCUGUAUCUCGCCCAAAAAUUACAUCUCUUGCUUAUAUUUUAAUUUUUGAUUUCUUGUAAAAUUACUUCUUCAUAGACGUACGUGGAAUAAUCACUUAUUUCACAUACAAUUUUCCAACUUUUCCCUCAAAGUUGUGGGUAAUUCGAGGAAAAUUUGGCAAAUUAGAGCCCCAAAAGUCGGGCCUUUCCCCUGCGGCUGUAUUAUCUCCGUCAGCCGGCUGGCCUAUAUUAUAAUACGCCUCGGCGAACAGACAUCACACUGGGCCGCUCUCUAUCCAAUUGCUCGCCGCCCUUAAUUGGCAGGCCGCUUUUUAUGCGUUCGGCCAUGAAAUUCGGUGGGGCCCAAAAAAAUGCGGAAAAAAUGCGUAAAACAGCGACGGGGAGAAUGUUUUGGCGGGAGGACAGCUCAUUUCCCACUGACUAGUCACUCCCCGUCUCCCUCCUCGUGUUUUAUAUGCGAGGGGAGGGAGGGCGGCCAGUGUUUCGUCCCCUCUAACCUACGAAAUUUCGUUUAGUUUUACGAAAUUUGGGCAGUUGCGCAAGAGGGCCACGUUUUCCUGCUAAAGUUAGUAGUGGGCAGGACGAGUUGAAGCUGUUUAUGGUUAAAAAAGGGGGUUUUUGCGGGGCUUUCAAGGGCUUUUCAGGCAUUUUCGGGAUAAAAAUAGAGAUUUUUUGGGAUUUCGAAGAAGAUAUGAUUCGUUUGUUGCUUUUUGAUGUAUUAUAACUUGGACCACCUGUUGUUUCGUACGUAUUAGAGAAGUCUACUUCCUAGACGACAUUUUAAACGACAAAAAAAAUCAAAAAUUUUUUUGCAUACUUUACUUCUUUUCAAAAAAUUCGCUGAAAUAUGCGUAUUCCGCGCAAAAUCAUCAAAAAUUUGAUGACUUUUUACUUUAAUCCACUAAAUCAUCGUGCUGCUCGGCGUCGGCGACUUUUCCGAGUUCCAUAAAGCCCCCAUUUUUUUUGGCAAAUCUGCUGUUUUAUGGAUUCCGAGCCCCUGGAAACGGCUCUUCCAGACGACCUGGACCGAGGGACCGUUCCCCGGCCAACAAAGCCGGGCCCACUUUUACAAUUCUGAAUACGUUUCGCGGGGACAAAGCCCGCUCUCCGGGAAAAGACAUUUUUUGCCGCGGCGAAAGUCUAUUUCCCUCAGGGCAUAAACAAGUUUUUUGGGGGGCUUUCGAAAUGACGGGAUUUCUGGAGGGGAAUUUAUCGAAUUUUGAAGAGAAUUGUUGGGGAAACUUGUUGCAAACCGCCGUGGGAAAUGCGCUGAGGGUGACAAAGUGUUUCAAGGUGCGGAAUUUUUAUAUCAUGUUAGGUAUUCAGUCAGAAAAAGACUAUUCUUGUCUUAACAUCGCUGUAGAACUGCUCAGACUACUCUAAAAUCUCCCGAGACCUCACAAAAUACAGUUUAUUUUUAGCCGUAGUAUCGUAUAUAUUUUUUUCUCCACACGGCGGCCCUUCCUUUUUUGUGAUCUCAUUAAAUUUCCACUCCUUCUCGGGCCCUUAAUGAGCCCGGCCAAAGGAAUUUCAUUUCAGUCCGUGUGAUAAAUAAGGCCAGAAUAUUUGCUGGGACUAAUGGAUCUCUGGAAAUGGACAUAAUCCAUUAAAAUAUUGCUUUGACGCGCUGUGCAAUGGGCGGAAAAGAAGGAAAAUAUAUGUUUUGCGAUUGCAUUUUUCGAAUUUUUUCCCGGAGAAAGUUAAUUCUACCCAAAAAAAAAUUUUUUUUUGUCCCAUUUUCUUUUUUUGACCCUCUUCUUCCUCAUUCCCUCCUCCAACCCUCAUAAAUGCUCGGGAAAUUAAAAUGCCCUCUGGGCUUUAACAAUAUACUUUUCAAAUCUUCCGCCCAAACAAAACAUUAAAUGCCAAGACCACGAGCAAUGGCAGCACGAGACCAUGUUUGUCUACAUUCCCGGCCCCAACCCAUUUAUUAUUUUACUCUCAGAACAGGUGUCGCCACGCAUUCCUUUACCGUCUUCGAGCCACGAGUUAAUUACAUGACUGUCCGUGGUGUCGGAGUGCCAAAAAUUGAGUUUAGUUUUGGUUUUACUUCCACUUUUUACGGAUUUUCGGAGUUUGGUUCAUUGCACAGUGCGGUAAGCGGAAAACUGGUCAUUUCAAAGCGCAAUGAAACUACAGAAGGCUUAUUCUUGGCCUUUAGGCCUAAAUACAUUCAUAUUUUUUAUUCCAAAAUCUUUUUCCCUCAGGCUAUAUUUGCACUGUGCAAUUUCAAUUUUUCUUCCCAUCGCACCGUGCGAAACCAAAAAUAGUUCCGGGCACUGUGCAAAAGAGUAAAAAAUUCAUUUUUAUAACGUUUAUAAAUCCCCAUUGCCCCAGAAAAUGGUAAACGACAGAUAAUUCGACUCCAAUUUGUCCAGUUCAAUUUUUAAAUCAGAUAUUUUGAGUGCUAAAAUCGAAAAUUUUUGCGCCAAACUCCUUCCGUCUUGGUAAAUCCGAUUUCGAAACAGUCUCUGAAGGAAUUCUUUCUCCGACCCACGUCAAUGGGCGUUCUUUUGAAUUUUUUCUUUUCAAUUUUUCGUCGGUUUUUUCAACGUUUUUUUGAGGCGGAAGAGAGGAGGUAAACGUUGUCAGGGGGAGUUAACUAGGGUUUCGAGUGAGUCUUGGGAAUUUUUGGGUGUUUAAGUAGUCAUAGUAACUUUUUUCAUAACUUUUUUGAUUGAAUAUUACCUAAAAAUUGAAAUUCGUAAAUAAAUUUUAAAUCGUAUUUUACAAAAAUUUGAAAUUUCCAAAAUUGAUGACAAAUCACGUCUAGUGUCUAAACCUGUAGUUUACAGUUGAUAUAUCAUCAUUCUGUUUAUAAACAUCGCAUUAAAAUCCGCUUUUCUCCCGGGAGAAACAGAUGACUAACCCAUUCAGCCAAUGACGGCGUAAACACCUGUUUACGGGCAAAUCUCCCCCGGCUGGAACAGUUGAUUCGGAACGUUCACAGAGUGCGUUUUCCGUCGUUCGCGUCUUAUCAUCACACUCGAGGGGCGUCAUGGGACUUUUCGAGAAGGAUUCCACUGAUAUUCCCCUUGCUUUGAUCGUGACUUUGACCCCGAUCCCGAUCUUCGAACGAGGAAAUUGGGUGUUUACAUGGCUGAACACCGCCUCUGCUAUAUUUUAGAGCUCAAAGUUUUUGUUUUCUUCGGUUCGAAGACGGAGUAAAUAAGACUUUUAGCAAAAAGGGUGCCUAUUUUUGGUCAUGUGUGAUUUCUCGCGGUUUCCAAGACUCUUCACGCCGAGUUUUUAUUGCUUUUUCUACUUUACUACAUUGUAAUCCAAUUUCAGAUAAUUACUCGUCUUGAUUCCCACUACAAAUUGCGUGAGAGCCCUUGCAAGUUGACUUUUUUUUAAAAAUUUGUCACUUUUUUGUAUUUUUCACGAAACAUAAAGCCAUAAGGGCAUUAGCUGUAUUUGUAAGAAAGAUACUGUGGGAUAAAUUCUACACUGUAAUCUUGAUUUUAAUCGCAAAAAACUUUCGUUCAAAAACCGUCUUCCCUGCGAAAACAGCCUUCCAAAAUCGAGAACAAGGCCGUUUUUCCCGCUCAAAUGUAACCUUGGCGAAAAGUCAGGUUCAAAAAUUGAAAAAAAACUGAGAUCUCAUGGUAACGAUAGACAUCUUACCUUCAUUGCCUCGACGUUUUUCCAGACAGACAAGACGAGCCGGGGGCUCUUAUCUGGAAGUGAAAGGAGCCCCUGGACUCGUUUUUUAGUCAAAGAUAGUGCGUUCUAGGAGUGGCAUAUUCUUAUCUGCGAGCACGCCAAUUUGAUUUUGGAAAAAAUAUAUUUCUGUCAGAAGCUGGAGCUGCGCCCCAUACUUCUGAAAAUAUUAAUGCCAUGUUAUACGAAAGCACUUUGAAACCGCUUUUUGCCUCAAAAACCGGUUUAAAUUGCUAGUAGGGCAAUAAUUUUAGUUUCCUCAGAUCUCACACCUUUUUAAUAUUAUUUAUGAGCGAUAAACUGAAAAAUAAUUUCCAAAAUUGCUUUAUUUAAUUUUUAUUGUAAAUUCCCCAAUUUUUGUCCUGGGGCUCUGGCGGUGGCUGCCCCUUCCUGUCGAUUUUGGGACCUGCAGUACGUAUUCGUGAUGGGGUUUGUUUCCAAGAACGUUCUAAAACCAAAAAACGUAUAAAAGUCAAGGUAUUCAAAAAUAACCCCACCGGGCACAAAAUUAAAUCGAAAUUUUCUCGAAAAUUAAAUGUCCGAUUUUCGAAAUUUUGACGGAUUCUGAAAGCCCAUGCUUGAAAGCAUAAACGAUCCUAAAAUGAAGAAAAUCCCACGUUUAAUCUUACCGAUCCAGAGGAAACACCAAAGUUUUCUUCAUCCUGGGGUACUGUAAUAUCCGAGUUUUCGUCGUUGUCUUUCUGGGAAAAAACGUGGCCUCGUGUCCUAGAGUUUGAUGUUCUCAUCGGAGUUCUGUUGGUGACGUUUUCAAGGACAUUCUGAAACCAUAAAACCAAUUAAAAUCAAGUUUUUCAAAAAAACCCCCCUCCGGCAAAAAAAUUAAAUCGAAAUUUUCUCGAAAAUUAAAUGUCCGAUUUUCGAAAUUUUUGCGGAUUCUGAAAGCCCAUGCUUGAAAGCAUAAACGAUCCUAAAAUGAAGAAAAUCCCACGUUUAAUCUUACCGAUCCAGAGGAAACUUCGAAUUUUUGGUCGUCCUGGGGUACUUUAACAUUGCCAUUAUCUUCCAGAGUUUUGAGUCUUUUUCUCUCGACCAACAACUGGGCCAUUUCCUGUCGUCUUCGUUUCUUCUCCUCUCUCCUCUCCGCUGAUGCGGAGACUCGCGCGUAGCAUGAUUGUGAAAAUCUAUUCGAAUUCAUCUAAAUUAAAAAAUCCUUAAUUUCAGUUUUUGAAGCGUACCUCCACGUAAAGCGACGAUAUGAUAAAAAUCGAAGUACCAUUUGAAAGCUGAAGCAAUUUGCUACAAUUCCAUAAGAAAACAUCCUAAACUUUCACCCCCAAAAAAAAGUUACCGUUCAUCCAAAUUGACACACUAAAAUAUUAAUUUUGAAAAAGGCCGCCUAACUCGGCAGAAAAUUUUUUUUUGUCUGUCUUUUUUGUUCACUUUUUGAUUUCUCUGCAUUGAUUCUGCAUAUUCUGAUUCUUUCUGCAUUGAUGCUGUUAUUUUCUGCCGUUUUAUUACGGUGUUUCUGCGGAGAGGAACAGUUGUCCAAAAUGGCCGGGGAGAGACUUGACUCGAUCAAUUUUUUUUCCAUUUUUUAUGUUUAGACAAAUUGGCGUGCUGCGAGCACUGAGGAGCCCCUAAUUGCAUUUAGCAUUUCUUAAUUUAAACAAAUUUAAAAAAUUUCAAAAAAUUUUUUUUGCCAUACUGUGCACAAUUAUUUUUUAAAGUUUCAAAAGUUUAGCAACAAUUUCUAAGCCUUCCAAAAUGACUUCCCGACUCGUUAGAGCCGCUAAUUGCUUUACAAACUCUUCAGUUUGUAUGGGAAAUCUCAUCAAAGUUUCAAAAUCACGUCAGAAAGACAUGUGUUGCACUCCCUUUCCCUCUUUUCUCUGCAGCCCUUUUCGUCUCCUGGGUCCGGGGAUUUCGACAGAAUUUGCAAAACAGUGUUAUCGUCGGCGAUGUAAACAAUUCAAGUUUUGAGUUUGAUGUAUUGUGAGGCUAAAAUUAGAGGCCGCUUUUUGAUGCCUUUUCGUACAUUUUCUGGGCCGAAAAGUGGAGAAAACGGCGUUUUAAUGGAUGGGGAAGAUGAAAUAGAGUAGUAUUUAGCCCAUCAGAUAGCAUAAUCUGGCGCUUUCUCAUUUUUUAGGCAAAGAAAUUUACUAUUUUUUCGAAAAUUUUGAGAUUUUUGACCAAAAAAUGACUAAAUUAUUCAAAGGUCUGCUUAUUUUUCGUUCUUUUUGUCUCUAAAAUUUAGUCGGUUAGGACAAAGACUCUCUAGUUUCCGCCCUUACGGAACUUUCUACACCCCUCCAUUCACCUUCUUUCUGUCCGCUUUCCCGGAACAAUAGGGCAAUAAAACCGAUGCGCGAUGGAAUUCAAUACUGUCUGGAAACCACCCCAAAGCACUUUUUUCUCCGAACUUUUUUUUGUAAAUAAAACGAGACGGUUGACAGAUGGGAAGGCGCUCGUAAAAACGUCUGGAGUGCGCGACUUUUCCAAAAAAAAAAUUUUUUUGUCACCGUCUUUAGUUCCAUUUUUCGCAUUUUUUUCUACCAUUUCCUACCCUCCUCCCCAAAAAUCAAAAAAAAAUGUGGAGUGCACGGUGCGCUUCCCAUUUCGUCCGAAUUUCCCAAUCUUUUUUGGAGACCUUGAUCUCCAUCUUCUUCUUCUUCCCUUCACGAUGAGGAGGAAGAAGGAUUUCUCUCUCCUCGCCCUUAGUUCAGGUUUAAUGGAGGUUUGGAUUCAGAAAUUGAAUAGGAAAAAGAAAGGGGGGUUUCGCGAUUUUCGAUCCCUUUUUCCAUCUCUCGUUUCGGGGCUGGAUUUUCGGUUUUUGCAGAGGAAAAAUGGGGGUUUCGAUCGGGGAAGACGGGCGGAUUUUUGGGAUUUGAAUGAGGAUUUGGGAUGGAGUCGUCAGUUUUCGAUUAAAUUUUCGGCAAAUUUCCCGAGUUUUUGACAGAAAACGGGAUUUUUUAAUCGAAAAUUCGAAUUAACGUUAGAGUUUCCUCUUUAUUCAUUUGAUUCUGCCUCUAAGAAAUUAUUACAAAGCUUACAUUUAUGAUGUUUCACUUCUCUAAUCUCGUAUUUUAAAAAGAUCAAGCGUUUUUGCUGAUUGCACUGUGCAGUGGAACUUUGAGAGCUCAUUACACUGUGCAGUGAACAUUUUUUGGACCUCCAAAGUACUGGCAUGGCACAACGUAAAUUCUAAACUAUUGUUGGCGAUAUAUGACUCAAAACAAUUACUUGAUUUUUCAAGAAACCAAAUUUUAUUUUUUACCGCACAGUGCAAUAAGAAAACGUGAAAUUGCACUUAUUUUUUUGGUGAUAAAACUAGAUGAUAUAGUAUCUUGUACGUUAAUUGUAGCGUAUUUUACCAAAAAAAUGUAUCGUUUGUUUUACCAUUACAGUGAAUUUUAAAUUUUUGCACCGCGAUAAAUUUCAAAACUUAAUUUUUUGCAAGAAAAACACUUUUUGUUCGACAAUUACUGUUUAGCCCCCAAAAACAUUCACCCAAACUAUCAACAAGCAAUUUUUGCUCUGAUUCGAAAACCAGCAAAAUCCAAAGUGCAUUUGCACGAAACAUUUGCUGAAAAUUGGGGAAAAUUCAUGUCGGAAUAAAGAGGAAUCGAAUCAUUCUCCCAUCCCAUUCCGCGCGCAACAACGCGUUUUCUGUUCGCGCAAGACCCUUUUCUCCCUUUGCGCUCUUUGUCUUCGGUCUUAAAAACGUCUGUCGCUGUUGGGUUUCCGCAAAACAUUCCGCGCUUUUUCGGUGCUUAGCGUUUCCCUCUGUUCGGAUGGGGGGAUUUGUUUUGCUUAAAAGUGCAUUCGAGGUACGGACCGUACGAUUUUUUCGGGGUUUUGGGUGAUUUCUGACGGCGAAAUCAGUCAUUGCACAGUGCGAUUAGUCAUGGAAGAGUUAUAGACCGUGUGUGUUUUGUGAAUCACGUGUGGAACUUUCUUAUCGCCGGGUUUUCCGGUCUCUAAAAAGGUUUAGCGAACUGCAAUUGUAAUAUCUUCGGAUUGCACAGUGCAGUCAGAAUCUUUUUGGUGCUGCACAGUGCAGAAUAAAAAAAUUUUGAAAAAUCUAAAUGCUAAUGAAUUACGAGUGGUAUUGGCUUUGAAAAAAUUAAAUUUGACGGGCUCUUUCUUCGAAGGAGCUGUCACAAGUUCGUAUUUUUAUCGAAUUAACCUAUCCCACAUGUCUGCUCGAUUUCCUUUUCCUUCAGAUGUCAGUUCUAUAAAACAAUAUUAAUAUCUUAAAAAGUACCCAAAAAAUUCUAAUUGCCUCUUAAAAUUCUCUUUUUGUCUGUCCACAAGACCCCACUACACCCAGGAUUAAUCAUAUUGCCUUUUGUUUUGCGUAAUUUGCAUAAACAAACAGUUGUCACCGCUGUUUGGGGGUUUACAAGCGCAAAACAGCCAAACAGCCGUUUUAUCGAGGGCCAUUAAAGCUCGCUGUGUUACGCAUAUUGAAUAACCCAUUACAUGGUUAUCUUGAUUAAAACGCCGAAGAUGGAGUGCGCUUUUCGCUGCGGUCGCUUUGAUACGGCGGAUCGGGCUUUUUCGGUUUUUAGGGGUUAAUAAAAUGGAUGAGGGGGAUUUUGUGGGGGGAAGCAGGGGCUCUCAUGUCACGCAAACUUGUUUGAAAAGCGUUUUAGUUAAUAAUAUCGGGUCAAAAUGGUAAAAAACCGGGACCUUCGAAGGAGAAGGUCGUUUUUUGGAGAAUUUUCGAUAAAUAACCUCAUUUUAAGUUGAAAAUUCAUAAAUUCCAUUGUAGAAAGGUCGUUUACAAACGUUACAGAGUCAUUUCUAAAAUUUCUGUUUACCUAUCUGCCCCCUCAAUCACUCCUUUCGCCGAUUUGGCCCCAUCUGCCAGCGUUUACUCAACCUUUCAUAAAUUUCGCGCGAACAGACGCGCUUCUGACAAGUUUAAGGUUACUUUGUUAAGGUCAUCUGGUUUGUUUUAUCAGACCAAGGUUGCGGAGUGCGCGCGAAAUGUCAUCAUUUCGCUGAUCAAACCCGAAUCUCUCUUUUCCGAUGAAAAAGUGGGAUGAUAGAGGAAAAACUAUAGAAACUUGGGUUCAAAACGAUCGUUGAGAGCUAUCAAAGAGGUUAGAGAACUUAAUGCUAAAAUUUUCAACGAAUUUUUAUAUCAAAUUUUGCUAGCAAUAUCUGAAAAAACACAAAUUUUUGGCUUUGUCUGCAAAAAUCAAUUUUCUCGUCAAAUUUUUGCUUUCACAAAAAAACUACUACUGUUUACGACUAGCUUAUGGUAGUAUCAAAGAUUACCAAUCGCGACUUCUCUCCGAAAACCAAAAACUUUUCGUUUAUCAGCUCUUUCCCCCCAGACUCCCCCUUUUUUGUUAUCAUUCGAUCCUUUCCCAGCCCCCAUUUCCCGGAGCCUAUCAAAAAACUUUGUCUAUUAAAACAUAAAAAAAAUAUUCGCUGAUUCAUCGUCUUAUUCACCCAUUUUUUAUUGCUUUUUGUAUGUCGCGAAACAAGAGCCAGACGAAUUUUCGGAUUUUUAAUCAAAAUUUUCUUAAAUUUUUACGUUUUUUGGCCAAAUUUUAAGUCUUUUGACGGCCAAAAAUCCUGUUUAAAUUCGUUUUAGCGGCGAAACGAAGGCCUUUGUAUUCGAGUAGUUGCAGAAAAAUGUCUGUUUUGUGGGAAUUGGAAACGUAGCGAUAAAAUUACUGUAAACAGUCGAAGACGUGGAAAUUUGGGGUAAACAAGCCAUUAAAAGGGCGAAAACUGAUGAUUUUUGAGUUAUAAAAUUGAUGGAUUGCUCCGUAUUUUAACUUUUUAUCAUGUAGCAAUAUGUUUACCAACCUUUCUUAUCAAUUGUUUCAAAAUUCCCACCGGAAAUUUGGAGAACUUUUAUUUUUUUUUUGAUGCCUCUGCCAAAAAAAUCAAUUUUUUUUAUUUUUUUGUGACCACAAAUCCCACAUCACAAUUCUGAAGCGGCUUGCAAAGUAAUCGGCCCCCCAUAAUCUUUGAAACUCUCUCUCCAAAAGCCUUACACUCGAGUUUUGAAACUCGGAGACAAACAACUUUUUUUCCCUGCUUCCGACUGAUAAUCAGCACUUUAUAAACAGGCCCUCGGGGCGAGCUCUUAUGUCUGGGGAGCACAUGAUCUUUUCCGAUCGGGUUCGCGAGGGCAUGGGGGAGGGGUUUUGGAAGCGGAAGACGGGGAAUGGCGAGAUUUGGGGUCAUUUUCAAAAUAUUUUGGCGAGUUUAAAGUUGUUCCUUUUGACAUGGGAGACUUCAGAAUUUUGUUUUCUUACUCAUUUAGUUAGUGUUUUCUAGUGAAAAAAUCAGUGAGAAACAUUGACAUCGCAUUAAAGGAGAAGGAAAAAAGGUCAUACGAUCUAUCUGCCCUUAGGGUUUUUUCUCGAAAUUAUUUUUAGUCGAUCUAAAAGCUACCGUCUCUGGGCGGCUGCUUUUAUUUUUAGUUAAAAUUUGAUAUUUUUUUUUUGAUUUUCUUUAAUUUUUUUUUCAAAAUUAAGCAAAUUUUUAAAUUUUUUCAAUAAAAAAAAUUGGGAUCACGCCUUUUCCUUUUCCAGAUUGACGUCGGUUGGUUACAUUGGGAACUCUCAAUAAUGGAAUUUUCUUAUCUUUUUUGUUAUGUUUUGUUAAAUCUCCCGUUUCUAAUGUCCAUCUUCCUAUUAUCACGUUCACUUUUGUUGUUCGUUUAUUCGCAAAAACGUUUCUCCACGGCACCUGAACUUUACUGGAGAGCUUUUAUUUUCGAUGGAUUUGCAAAAUGAGAAAAUUCAGUCAAAACUUUUUUGCAGUUUACUUGCGAAUUUUUCGAUUUCAAAAAUUGCAAAAAAUAUUAAUUUUUGGCAUUUUUAAAGCUGAAAAUUCUUUUAGUUUACGUCUUAUAAAAUCUUAAGCUAAAUUUAAUUAAUUUUACCCAGUUUUCACCAUGUGACGGGUCAAGAAUUUUUUGUCUUAAGUUGUCUUAUGACCUACAAAUUUUUUCAAUUUCACAGAUAACGUUUUUCAUGAUGAAAUCGUCGCCCAAAUUUCCAAUCAUCAACUUUGUUGACCUUUAUUCUUUAGUAAAUUUCCUCAAAUUCUUUGACUUUCCCCAAAAUUCCUUCAUUUUUUCAUUAAAAAAAGUUUUUUUUUGAAAAUUUCCCUCAAAAAUCGCCCGAAUUACUGGCUAAGCCCCGUUCGAAGUAAAGGUUUCUGUUCGCCUAAAAGGGCGUUGACGUGGCGCUAUAACUCUUCUUCCCUUCUUCCAUCGUUUUAUCAAUUUAUAAACCCGAAGAUGGCGGUGUAAUGACUGGCGGGUUGGGAAAUCGUUGCGGUGUUAUGAUUGGGAACCGUCGCCGUUUCGUACCAUUCGCAAUAUCAUAUUAGUUUUUUUUCUCCGUCAUUUUAUGCUUUUUUUAUUUUUCUUAUUGCGACAUUACUGUAGCUGAGAUUUGAGUUUGGAGUUUUUAUAGCGUCGUCAAAAGUAUUGUAAAGAUUCUGCGGGCUCUGUUGAGAGAUUAGUAGAGGAUAUUCGAUAUGGAUAUGGGGAAAAUUUUUUCAAAAUUUAUUACACUUUUUGAUAAAAAAAAAAACAUUUUCGAUAAAAUUAGUCAAUAUUUUGAUGACUAUUCCUAUUAAAUUAUUGACUCAGUCGUUUAUCAAACGGUCUUUUACACCUAAAAAAAUUGUUGUAAAUCAGCCUCUCAAAGAUUUUUUUCUCAUUUGACCAAAAAGAUAUCUAUUUUUUUAAUUCCAAUAUAUUUUGAUGACUAAUCUGAUGGAAAGCUGUUUAAUGCUCCCAAAAUUAUCUAUGAAGCUCUGAGAUGACUUGAGGAAUCAUUCAAAUGAAUAAUUUUUCCUCCAAACGUCUUUCCCCACCUGUUUUCUCCCUUUUCUCUCUCCCUUUCCCAUGUUUCAUUCAAAUUUCCGCGAGUUCCAUUUAGUUUUUGCCUCGAAAAUCCUCGAUCCCUCGCCUCAAAACAAUUGCAGGUGUAAGGUCAAUGGCGUAAUUGCCGCGUCCAAAGACUCCUUUAUCCGUGCGGAUUUUCUGCACCGAUUUUUGACAGAAAAAAAUGUUUCGCAGAGAAAAAUUAUUUUCUUGGACUCGGACAAAUUCAUACGUAGAUUGAAGAUAAAUGGGUGUCUGCAUGGCUGAGGGGUUGCAGCAGGAUUAAGAAACAUCUGAGGGACAUGAAAAAUAAAUUGAAGGGAAAUCUAAGGGGUUGAAAGAGAAAUUAAGGGGAUUUUUGACUUAAUUUAGAUGAAGCAAGUAUCAAAUAUUGUUCUUCGUGCUGUCUUUUCCAUAAUCCCUCUUUUUUUACUUCUAUACACAUCUGAAUUUGAAAUUUGUUACCUAAAAUUUUAUUUUUUGGCCAUUUUUCGCGGUUCUUUUGAAUUUUAAAAUUUUUUCUCAGUUUUUUUUUCUUACCCAUGUAAUUUCAGGCCAUUCCAAAGCCACAAACCUCCUCUUCUCCGCAUCCCGACCCCUCCACGAUGCUAUUUCCGACCGCUUUGCCUCAAAAUCUGCCCUCCGGGCAGCCCUCCCAACCCACCCAACAGUGGAAUCUGCCGGCCGCCCUAGCCAUGCUGCAACGACACCAGCAACUCCAGCAACAAACCCAACAAAAGCCGGCCCCACAACCACAGAACAAACAAGUGUUCAACGAGUUGCAGCAACUUUUGCAUCAAGAGGCGCAACGGCAACACAUUCAGCAGUUGUUGGACUUCCAGCAGAAGCAAAUGCUCGCUGCGGCCGUGCAGGCGUCCUCGGCGUUGACCACCCCCACUUCGAGCAUGCUGCAGAGCUCGUUCCGCAACGCUCCGUUGACGCCGGAUCAUUGCGCGGAAGAGAAGAGCCUCCACGGACAUGAAACGGUAAGGCUUUGGGGGUCUGAACAGUUGAGCGGUUGGUCUUGUGUGUGAAAAGUAUUGCAUAGGUGUUUAGUAUAAAUAAAAUACAAAUUUAGGUUAUAUAAGUAUCUGAAUAUUGUUUGCAAUUUUAAUUAUCAAAAAUUUUCAUUUUUUUGAAGCGAAUUACAGUAUUUUUUGAUGAUUGAACGGUUUGUGGAGGUACGCUGAACUUUAAAAGAACAAUUUUGAGAAGUUCAGGGUUUCUUUAGAGACCUGAAAAUUAUUUUUGAUCAUUUUUAUCACAAAGUUUUGACCAAUUCUUUAUCUUCAGACCGAAUCCCGAGCCCCCGCCCAUCCCCAGUGGAUGUCCCCGCCUUUGACCUCCCUUACGCCGGCCUCAUCCGCCUCCCCCAUGCAAUGCCACGUCGAGGAAUCGAAGGCGACCUCAUCGGAUCGAGACACCGGCUUCAGCGACGGAUCCCCCUCCUCCAUCGAGGCCGAAACCCCACCGCCAAAGGUGUUCAACGUGAGUGAUGUCAGCGAGAAGUCGGACGCGACCCCGCAAAGUCUCAAGUCUUCCUCCACCCUCACUCCCGCCUCCAGCAAUUCGUCGACGGAUUCGAUUGAUGGACACGCCAUUCCGUUGAUGGAGACCCCGAAAAAGAAGCCCCGAAAAUCGAUGGAGACCCCGAAAAGACCGACGAAAAGGGCGGCGAACGGCAAGAACGGGAUCAGCCCGAAGAAGGCGAAGCUGAUGGAGAUGCUGCUGAACGGAGCCCGAAGCCAGCUGCCCAAAAAGUUCCGCGAUCUCACCGAAAACGAGAGCAUUGCGGUCGCCGUUUUGGCCGGCCUCGCCAGUGGCCAGUUGUAA